AUGGCAAGUUUUGAAUUCAAAUUUACAAACAAAUUUUACUUUAAAGGCCAUUUGAUGCAGAAUAACUCAAAUAUUAUCUUUUAUAACAAUCUCAUAUUCCCUGUAAAUAAUCUCACUCAAAUUGUUCAUACUGACACGUUUGUUUACUUUCAAAAUAGAGAUGGUAUUUUUAGAAUAAACGACAAGUUUAAUUUGUUUGAUAACACCCCUUUGUAUGUUAAUAAUAGGUUUAAGCUGAUUGAUGCAGGUAGUGAGUGUGUUUUAAUUCGUAGUAAUGAUUUUUACUUGUUACAUUUUGACGACAAUACGAUUGUUAAUUUAACAGAAUUUGAUUUACAUCAUCAUCUUAUUAUUUAUUUGAGUUACUUGGUUGUUUUUACUGAUAACAUGAUCACCUUCUAUAAUUAUAAGAAUAUUCGAGAUGAAGAGUCUUACAUAUCUGAUUUUAAGAUUAUUGGUGUUGAAAAAAUAAUGAUUAAUGAAAACAUGUUUCUUAAAGUAAUUCAACCCAGCGGUGAAUUUGAAUUCUUCUAUGGGAACAUACUUAUUACUGAUGUGAAUGUUCUUUACCUUCAAAAUUCAACAACUAUCAAGUCUAAUGCUUCUUGUGUUGCUCUUGAGACACAAAUGUCUCUUGUUAAGUCUCCAUAUAAACUCAUACAAGAAUCAUUACCUUCUGACACUUCCAUGCUUUCUGAGAACACAAAUAACCACAAAAACAACUAUUCAUUGUACAAAAGAGAACAUUUCUAUGAUCCUUCUGUUCUUGAAGUUAGCCAUAAUUGUGCUUAUAAAGUGAUAAGAAAAAUUCUAAAUAUAAAGAGAAAUAAAAAAGAAAAAGAAAAUACUUUUCCGAAAAUAGUUAAAAGAGGAAAGUUGACUAAAAAGAAGUCAAAUAAAAAAUUCAAUGAAAUUAUUACAGAUAUCCUGCUACAAUGUAAAGCUACUCUUGCUGUCGAUGUGAAUGAUACAGAUCAGAUUCGAAGUAAACUGUUUGCAGCAAGGUUAUUAGCAACUAACAUACUACCAUUUAUCAAAACUGAUUGUGAAUUAAGGUUCACUCCUUGUGAUUUUAAAGUAAACAGUACAUUGGUUCCCCUAUCAAAUGAUUCGAUCUUUCUGCUAUCAUUUAUAGCUCCUGUUAACAAAAGUGUUUAUACACACACUGCUAGAUCUUAUUCUGGUUUUAUUUUUGGUUCUAAUGAUUAUACUUCAUCAAGUGAAGCUGAUAUGCUUGUAUAUUUAUCAACAAUCACUAAAGGAAUUCUUUCAAAUCAUCUGGUUCCUUCUGAAAAUAUGAUCAACCGUUUACACAUAGGUAUGGGGUUUGAACCUUUUAGAAAAUACAUAAUAUUUGUUCUUUCCACAUUUGAUAAGAUUAGUAAUUGGUUUCUUGUUCAAGAUAUUAAAAAACAAGUAGUAGGUGUUAAUAUUAAUAUUAUUGGAAUUGCAAUUAAAAAUUUUAAUACUUGUAACAGAUUAAUUUUAAAAGAGCUAUUUGAUAUUUAUUAUAACGAUGAAAUCAAAACAUCAUUUAGAGAUACAAAAUUUUUAAUUGGAUUAAGCAUAUUUUUGAUCAAUAACAACCCUGAUAAGUUUAUUGGGUUUAGUGACGACAAUACUUUAGCAUCAAGAUUUAUCAACCCUAGAACGGAUUAUGUUGAAAGUAGUGCUAUGAGAGACAUUGAAGUGUUCUACAUGAGAUUAUUUUAUAACAUCGGUGAUAAUUAUAACAUAAUUGAUUGUAUUCUUACAGACGAAGAAUAUUUCAAUGAUAAAAAACAGUUUGAAAUAGCAGCAGAUGUCUUUUACGUUGCUAUUUACAUUAUAAAUAACUAUGAAAAUAUUGAAUUAAAAAAUAUUGAAGAAUUACUUAAAAGAAUUUAUGAGAUGAUUGAUUUGUAUGAAAAUAUGGAUAGUAACAUUGUUUAUGAUUACUUGCUUAUUUCUUACAGCCUGAUAAUAAAAUUAUAUGACUUUGAUCAGAUUUACGCAAUAAGAAUUUUAAGAAGGAAAUUAAUUGAUUUUGAUUCAGCAGCCUGUAAAAAAUUUUUAGGUAGAAAUGUGAUGACAAAAAUAUACGGAUCAGGAUUUGAAAGCACAUCUAAUUAUAAAAAUCUUCUCUCAAUACUUCUUUCUGACUAUAAAAUAGCAAUUAAUGAUUAUACUUACAAGAUAUGCAUUGUGUUGUUUAUUUAUACAAACUCCCAGGAGACUCAAACAACCGAAAUUGAAUUUUUUAAACAAUUUGCAAUAUCUAAGCUGUUAAAUUACAAAGAAGAAGUUGCGUGUGAUAAAGUUACUAAGAAAACGCUUAAAAAAAAUUUAUAUAAAAGAAUGAAUAAUGAUUAUGACAGAAAGUACCUUGUUGAUGUUUUAUCUGACUUUCUUGAGAACUAUACUGAUAAUUUUGAAAAUAAUAAAGGUAAACAAUACCACAUCACAGAUAAUGCUAUUGAGUAUCUAAUUGGAGAAUUUAAUAAAUUUUAA